UUGCAUGGAAUAGUGUAGGUGUUAAAGUGAAGACUCGGAGAAUUUUGACUAUAUUGGGUUCUGUGAUAAUGAAGAAUGUGAAAGAUUCUAUUGCGAACAAUGUUAAGGAGAUCAUGCAGCGCAUCCUGAAGAUGUUCUUGUAGGAUAAGAGCUUGAAGAAUACAUGGAAUAUGUUACUUCUCCUGAAUACGAAAAGGAGAUAGAGCAAUAGGAAUUGGCCCAAGAAUUCACUGAGUUUUAUGAGAGGAUUAUAAAGGAAAAUGAGGAAGAAACAAAAAUGUUUUAUCUUAUAAUCUAGUACCUAAAGGAUGGCAAUGCUGAUGAGUUGGUCAAACUCUUAGAUAAAAUAAAGCAAACCAAAGUAGAGUUUGAUAACAACAAGCCAAGUAAUUAAAUUCAAUUAUACUUAGUGCAAAUAUCAAAAUAAAUGGAUGAAUACAGAAAAAGAAUAAGAGCCCUUGAUGAAAAGUUUCCUACGGGGGAUGUUUAAAAAAGAUAGAAAAAAAUAGAAUUGAUGAAUAAAGGUAUGACUCAUUUAUAUUAAAAUCAUUAAGGAAGAUAAUUAUUUAAAUAAUAAGAAUAUUUUGAAGCACUAGAAAACUUAUAAUAAGCCAUUGGAAUUGAUAAUGAUUAUGUUGAAGCAAUCCUAAUUAAAGGUUCACCUAUUUUAUAAUUUCUAGCUUAAACACAAAUUCAAUUGGAGAAUUAUGAUGAAGCCAUUACCGGUUGUGAUUAUGUGAUUCAAAUAGACAGACUCAAUGGCGAGGCAUACUAUCUUAAGAGUAUUAAUUCCACUAUUUCAUUUAGUAAUUGCCUUAUUAUUGAGUUAAAAAUAUGAUGUCAUAAAUGAAGCACUUAGAGUAGCAUAUCGUAAAAUUUCUUAUAAAUUUACCUUCAAUACUCUCAAUUUAAUUAACUAAUUAGAGAAACAAUCUCCAGCUGUUUAAUAACACUUGUCACAAUUAAAUUAUGAUUUUAAACACAGCCUUUUUUCACUGAUUAAUUAUGAAUAAAUCACAGGUAAAACAUUUCAAUUAAGGAAGCUUAAAUUUCUUAAUAAUACUUGACAUAAUUUGUUGCAAUCAUUAGACUUGCUGACCAAGAAGAAAUAAACCGAACCCUAUUCCAAUAUAAUUAAAGUAAUAUAAACAUUCUACUUCAGAUUUCGAAGUUGUUGAAGAAUACUAAAAAUAAUACGACGUAGAUAUAAGACCAAAAUUGGAUGAAAAAGAAUGGAAAAAAAUGGUAGAGUGGCUUGAAAAUUACAAAAAAAAUUAAGAAUAGUAAUAGUAAUUAAUAUACUUAAAAAAUAGAGCUUAAGCUGCACUUACUUAAGGAGAUGAUCAAUAAGGAGGAAAUCAAUAAGGAGAGAAUUAAUAAGGAGAGAAUUAAUAAAGAGAUGAUCAAUAAGGAGAUAAUUAAUAAAGAGAGAAUUAAUAAAGAGAGAAUUAAUAAAGAGAUGAUCAAUAAGGGGAUAAUCAAUAAGGAGAGAAUUAAUAAAGAGAGAAUUAAUAAAGAGAUGAUCAAUAAGGGGAUAAUCAAUAAAGAGAGAAUUAAUAAAGAGAGAAUUAAUAAAGAGAUGAUCAAUAAGGGGAUAAUCAAUAAAGAGAGAAUUAAUAAAGAGAGAAUUAAUAAAGAGAUGAUCAAUAAGGGGAUAAUCAAUAAAGAGAGAAUUAAUAAAGAGAGAAUUAAUAAAGAGAUGAUCAAUAAGGGGAUAAUCAAUAAAGAGAGAAUUAAUAAAGAGAGAAUUAAUAAAGAGAUGAUCAAUAAGGGGAUAAUCAAUAAAGAGAGAAUUAAUAAAGAGAGAAUUAAUAAAGAGAUGAUCAAUAAGGGGAUAAUCAAUAAAGAGAGAAUUAAUAAAGAGAGAAUUAAUAAAGAGAUGAUCAAUAAGGGGAUAAUCAAUAAAGAGAGAAUUAAUAAAGAGAGAAUUAAUAAAGAGAUGAUCAAUAAGGGGAUAAUCAAUAAAGAGAGAAUUAAUAAAGAGAGAAUUAAUAAAGAGAUGAUCAAUAAGGGGAUAAUCAAUAAAGAGAGAAUUAAUAAAGAGAGAAUUAAUAAAGAGAUGAUCAAUAAGGGGAUAAUUAAUAAAGAGAGAAUUAAUAAAGAGAGAAUUAAUAAAGAGAUGAUCAAUAAGGGGAUAAUCAAUAAGGAGAGAAUUAAUAAAGAGAGAAUUAAUAAAGAGAUGAUCAAUAAGGGGAUAAUCAAUAAGGAGAGAAUUAAUAAAGAGAGAAUUAAUAAGGAGAUAAUCAAUAAGGAGAUAGUCAACAAGGAAAAAAUCAACAAGGAGGGAACCAAUAAGGGGAUCAAAAUAAGAACCAAUAAUCAGAUCAAUAGUUUUUAAAUUAAUUAAAAUUAGAUCUAAAGAUUAAUUAUAGACUUAGAGCGCAUCCGUGACUCAAGUAUCAAAUACUGAUGGAAAUGAAAGUUCAAGAGUUUAAAGCGAAAUUAACAAUUUUUACUCAGAUUCAUAAUCAGUAUCGGUUACUCAAUCUGAAUAACAAGAGUAUAAAUGACAUUUUAUUUGAAAAGAUCUAUUGUGAAGCCAUAAGGUGGAUCAAUUACUGAAUAGCCGUCAAGUUAAAUUGUUGAUUAAUUUAAUAAUUUUUUAUAGGAUGCAUCAACAAUCCAGGAACAACCAAGGUAUAUAUAACAUAUAAUUAUUUAGAGCUCAAGGCUAGGCUCCUUUAACUUAAAAUCCUCACUAAGAUACAAACCAAUUAAAUAAAGAUUUUCAAGGAUUUUUAUCCGACGGAAAGCCAGACUAAGAGACUCCGAAUGAACAAUAAUAGAUAGAGUAUAAUUAAAUUAUAUCUAAGAAACCCUGAAAAAGAGAAGGCUAAAAUAAUUCCUACUCCAAAACCCGAGUAGCAAUUGUCAGAUUUCUAUAAGGAGGAUUCUUAGGAUCAGAACAAUUAACCUAACGAAAGGUAUAAUUCUACUUAAUUUUUCAGAGCUUAAUAGGCUGCAGUUGCUCAAGAAGUAACUCCCUAAGUAUAGAAAGAUCUCUAAAACUUUUUGAGUGGACAAGAAUAAUAUUAACAAUAAUAACAAUAGGAAUAAGAUAUUAGUAAGAUAUAUAAUUAUAUUAUUAAAGCUACUUUAGAUGAAACCAAACGUUUGUUGUAAGUCUUGAAAUAUUGCGAUUAAACUAUAAAGAAGGGUAAUGCUGCUCACUAAUUUUAUUUUAAGAAAGGUAAUUAAUAUCUCAAAAAAUUAGCAAUGACUUUAAAGCAGCUUAAUGAUUUUGAUAAUGCAAUGGAUAAUUUGGACAUAGCCAUAGAAAAGAACGAUAAUUAGGCUAGUUAGGCUAACUAUUAUUAUCAAAAAGGUAUGCUUAGAAAUAUUUUUAGCAUUGUUAUUGAUUAGGUUGGAUGCUUUAGAUUUAGCCUUAAAUAAUUUUGAUGAAGCCAUCUCGAGAAAUCCUAAUGAAAUAUAAUACUAUAAAGAAAAAGGUGAAAAUAUAUAAAUGAGUUUUAGGAAAUGUAUUAAUAAAAUAGGAUAGAUUAAACGAAGCUGAAGAUUGCUUUUAAUAGGCUAAGUAGAUUACUGAAGCAAUAAAGUGAGA